AUGGCUCUAUCUCGAACAUCGUCAUCAUUGGAUGGUAGCACUAGCACCACAGUGAUUGCCAUUGAUAGAGACAAGAAUAGCCAAUAUGCUGUGAAAUGGGCAGUCGAUAACGUUUUGAGCAAAAGUUCCCAUUGCAUUCUCAUUCACGUUCGGAAUCAGAGCUUCCUUCCUCUUGAUUUUGAAGAGAUCCCUAAGGAAGGUCGGCCGCCAACUGAAGCUGAGUUGCAACAGUUGUUCCUUCCCUACCGUGGAUUCUGUGCUAGAAAAGGGAUUGAAGCAAAAGAGGUGAUCCUUCAUGAUAUCGAGGUUUCAAGCGCACUUAUUGAUUAUAUUUCUAACAACUCCAUCAGCAAUAUUGUUGUUGGUGCUUCCAACCGGAAUGCUCUUACAAGGAAAUUUAGAAAUGCAGAUGUGCCAUCUACCUUACUUAAAUCUGCACCAGGAUUCUGUGCAGUAUAUGUCAUAUCAAAAGGAAAAGUUCAGACUGCCCGUCAAGCAGGUCAACCUCAAACACCUACUGGUACAGCUAAUUUUAAUGCAGCUAAUUCCGGGCAACAUUCACAAAGGGGACUUCAUGUACCUAAUGUUCCUCCUAAUACCCAAGACCUUGAAGACAAAAACAGAACUUCUUUAAGUCAUGGGAGUCGGAGAAGUGUAGGCUCUGACAGAGCAUCUUUCGAUAGAAGCAGUGAUUCCUUGAUGAUGACACCAAACAGCCACUACAGGUCUAGCAGCAGGUCUGAUCCAACACUAUCAAUGGACAGUUUUGUAUCAGCGACUUCAUCUCAGAGAAACAGUGAUGUUUCGUGGUCAUUAAGCUGCCAAACAAACAACACAUCUGUUGAAGCUUUUGAUUCCUUUGUUAGCUCAGAUAGUCCUGGGAGCUCAGGAUCCUCACAAACCCCAAAAGGUCUGGAAGUCGAGAUGAAGAGAUUAAAGCAUGAACUGAUGCAAACCAUGGAAAUGUAUAACACAGCUUGCAGAGAAGCCAUUGUAGCCCAGAAAAGGGCAAGAGAACUUCAGCAAUUAAAGUCAGCAGAAGAACGUAAAUUAGAGCAAGCCAAGCUUGCUGAAGAGGCUGCAUUGACUUUGGCAGAAGUGGAGAAGCAAAAGUCAAAAGCCGCCACAGAAGCUGCCGAAAUGGCACAAAGGUUAGCAGAUAUGGAGGUACAGAGGAGAAUGAGUGCAGAACUGAGGGCCAGGCAGGAGUCAGAAGAGAGGAUGAAAGCAAUGGAUGCACUGGCACACGGCAUUUUUAAAUAUAGAAUAUAUACCAUCGAAGAAAUUGAAGCUGCAACUGAUGAUUUCAGAAAUUCACUGAAGAUUGGUGAAGGUGGAUAUGGACCUGUUUUUAAAGGUGUGCUUGAUCACACUGUUGUUGCCAUUAAGGUCUUGAGGCCAGACAUGCCACAGGGGCAGAAGCAAUUCCAACAAGAGGUUGAAGUUCUAAGUUGCAUCAGACACCCAAACAUGGUUCUCCUUCUAGGUGCCUGCCCAGAGUAUGGUUGCCUUGUGUAUGAGUACAUGGACAAUGGCAGCUUAGAAGACCGGAUCUUCAGGAAAGGCAACACUCCCCCAAUACCAUGGCAAAUUCGUUUCAAAAUAGCUGCUGAAAUUUCCACUGCCCUUCUUUUUCUUCACCAAACAAAGCCGGAGCCCCUGGUGCAUCGUGACCUCAAGCCAGCAAAUAUUCUCUUAACCCAAAAUUACCUGAGCAAGAUAAGUGAUGUAGGUUUAGCCCGGUUAGUUCCACCAUCUGUUGCUGAUAGUGUAACUCAAUAUCACAUGACUGCAGCAGCUGGUACAUUUUGUUACAUUGAUCCUGAAUAUCAACAAACAGGACUAUUGGGUGUAAAAUCAGAUAUAUAUUCACUUGGUGUAAUGCUGUUACAAAUUAUUACAGCUAAACCUCCAAUGGGGUUAUCCCACCAUGUUGAGGACGCCAUUGAGAAAGGAAGAUUUGCAGAGAUACUUGAUCCCACAGUGGAAGAUUGGCCUGUCCAAGAGGCUCUAUCACUUGCUAAACUUGCUCUAAAGUGCUGUGAGCUGAGGAAGAGAGAUAGGCCGGACCUUGGUAAAGUUAUUUUGCCAGAGCUAAACCGCUUAAGAGAUAUUGGUUUGGUUCAUCUGUCCAGUAACAGAGAUACCAUUUUCUAUGGACCAAGCUCUCAUUAUUCAGUCCCAGAAGUUGUACCAACUGUGAGUGAGGAUGAAUAUAGCGAUCCUAGCAUUGAAACUAACAUCCAACAUAGAUCAAUAUGA